AGUAUCUUGAACAAUUCAACAUAAAGUUCACACAAGUUUUCAUAUUUUUUCUUUACUGCAGGUUUAUGGGCCGUUGCUAACAAUGCCGGAAUUUCUUGCUUUGGUCAAGCAGAGUGGUGCACUGUUGAUAUGUUCAAGCGAAUCGCUGAUGUCAAUCUAUGGGGAACCGUCCGGGUGACAAAUGCCUUCACGCCACUCGUUAGGAAAUCUAAAGGUCGAAUCGUGAACAUUGGUAGCGUGCUGGCACGCCAGGGUACUGCAGGCUUCGCCCAUUACUCCAUCAGCAAACAUGGCGUCGAGGCCUUCUCCCAAUGCCUGCGCUACGAGCUCCGAAACUUCGGUGUUCGCGUCAGCAUCGUCGAGCCCGGCAACUUCAUGGCCGCCACCAACAUCUACACCAACGAGAACAUCGACGGCGUCCGCGACGAGCUCUGGGCGAACAUGAAAGACGAGCAGAAGACUGUCUUCGAAAAGGACUUCAAUAGCAUGGUUGACAUUGUUCGGUUCUCAAGGACAAUAGGUUCGGCGGACACGUCGCCUGUGGUAGAUUGUUUUCUGGAUGCGGUCUUGAACGAGAGUCCGCGGGUAAGGUACGAACCGAAGGACUUAUACUGGACGAUCCGUACACUCAUCUUGGCGCAUUUUCCUGAAGAGAUUUCAGAUCUUAUAUUCUAAUGUCGUUGUCGACCCCUAUCGUCGAGUUCUACUUAGAAAUUUGAAUAGGAUGUUUUGCUG